AUGUACAAUUGCAGCCUCUAUUUCCCCCGGACCAUACUCUUCACUCAAGCGCCUUCUGUGUUUCUAAAAUGUGAAAGUAUUGAUGAAGAACGCCUUAUAGCUGAAGCUGAAGCUAUUCUUGAUCGCAAUGAAUCUCUCAUCAAGUCAAAUGAUGGUGAUCAAUUGCAGUUCAGUCCGGGUCAUCGUUCUGUGCUCAUCGGUCGAGCUUCCGUAGAUUCACAAAGGGCACAUAAUCAGAUUCAACCAACCCAUAACAACCCUCGCAUGACUAGCAUUUCUUCUGGCUCCUCUGCAUCCUCCUCUUCCCUCUCCGAGAUUGAUACCAGUCAUGCUGAUCCAGUUUCAACUCAAUCAACCUCCGUUGUUGUCGUUGCCAGUGCUGGUGGUGUUGAUGGUGUUGGUGUUUCUUCAGAGACUGGGGCUGGCUACACUUCGAGCUCAAGGGCUCUUCUUGAUCCAUACGAUACUUUCUGUAGAAGUGUCGACACGUCUCAUUUUGAAUUGACUUCUGUAGAACAACUUUUCUUGAAUGGGCGGGUCCGACCACUUCCACCUUUAAAGAAGCCUUGGAGCUUCGCUAAAAAGUCUCUCUUGACCCUGCUUACCGCGGGUGGUACUUUCUUCAUCUACAAACUGGUUGUCAAAGCACCAACUUACAAGGGCCCUGAAUCGGAUCUACAGGGGAAGGUCAUUGUUAUCACUGAGGCAACUAGUCGAAUGUCACGGAACCUCGUUCAAGAGUUGGCAGAACGCAAGGCUACCUUGGUGCUUGCAUCGCAUUCCAUGGACGAUUGCGAAGACACUCGUAGUCGCUUGAUGCGAUGGGUUCCAGGCACAGAGGAGGUUCGCAUUGACUGUCGUCGCUUGGAUCUGGAUAGCUCACGGUCGAUCCGUCGGUUUGCUGGCGCGCUUAUUAAAGACUACCCCAAAGGCAUCGACCGUCUACUGAUUCAACCCCCGGGUCUACUUUCCGGUGUGAUCGCCGGUGAACGAAGACUCACCCAUGACGCCUUUGAGCAUCAACUUGGCACAAAUUUCUUCUCCUUUUAUCUCCUUACACGACUUCUCUUGCCUUCUAUGAGCGGACCAGGUCGCGAUGCCAGGAUUAUAUUUACCAUUGACACACGCGCCGCUGGGUUCGCCGAAGCCAUAGCUGACAGAGAUCCCGUCACCAGUGUCGUGCAUCUCCCGAUUGAUAACUGGAACUGGAGCGAGGGUUAUUCUCCCUCGGCGGGUUAUCAGAGGGCACAGUGGGCACUCCGUCUAUUUGCUGAUGAGUUGGCCAAACGGACAGCCGAAACAGGGCCCACAGUAAUGAUAGCUGACCCCUUAGUGAAUCGGACCUCACCGCCUCCUGAAUUGUCUGGCGAAGCAAUUCAGUUUGCCCCUCUUCGAUGGUUUGGGAGCAUUGGUAGGAGCUACCUCAAUCUGGGUCACCUGAUCCUCCGCGUAGUGCCUCAGCGCGUCACAGCGACAGAGGUGAUGUGUACCGUAGCUACAAUGGAGCGCUUGGGACUGUUGGAGAGUGCGACCACUGAAGCACCUGUAUUUCAAAAAUUGAAGAGAAUGAAGUCGCGGGACGACGGCGUAGACAGGUCCGAGGCCAGAGACCUACUGUGGAAUUUGGGAGAGAAGUGGACCCGCCUAGACACCCACCCGGAGCCUGUACCCUUACCGUCUAGAUUUUGA